CGCCGAAACCUAUGAAGAGAUGCAACAACGCAGGCGUCAUGGGAUGGACACUCCCCUUUAAAACGGGGUUGGGUUGCCCAGCAGGAGCCCUUGUAGGGAAAGAAAGCCGCCUUAUUGAAUAUAUAACGCGAGGCUCCGGAGCAGACCUGCGCCUUAUAAAGCCGCGUGAAUUUCCUUCUCCGUUUUCUCUGCGCAGGCCUUUACGCCGAGGUCACCAGGGGCCGCUCUCAGCUGGCGGGCCGCUACCCGGCUGCAAUACUUUUCUCCCGAUCUCUUCGCGCGGCUUCCCCUUCCGGCCAGCAGAGGCGGCGGGGAUGGCGGCCGGAGCGAGCGGGGAGCAGAGCAGCACCCGGGAGAGGCUCUUGGCUGCCUUGGACGAUCUGGAGCUGCUGGCCAGAGAACUGAUUGAAGUUUUGGCAAUUUCAAGAAACCAGAAGCUAGCACAACCUGGGGAAGAGGGCCAGAUCCUGGAAUUGUUAAUUCAGCGGGAUAAAGAGUUCCAAGAAUUGAUGAAACUAGCUCUUGAUCAAGGGAAAAUCCACCAUGAAAUGCAGGUAUUGGAAAAAGUUGUAGAGAAAAGAGACAAUGAUAUUCAGCAGCUUCAAAAACAACUGAAAGAAGCAGAGCAUAUUCUGGCUACAGCUGUUUAUCAAGCAAAAGAAAAACUGAAAUCAAUAGAAAAGGCAAGAAAAGGAGCUGUUUCUUCUGAAGAAAUAAUUAAAUAUGCUCAUAGAAUUAGUGCCAGCAAUGCUGUUUGUGCUCCUCUAACUUGGGUGCCAGGGGAUCCUCGAAGACCAUAUCCAACUGAUUUGGAGAUGAGGAGUGGUCUUUUGGGUCAGAUGAACAAUCCUUCAGCAAAUGGAGUUAAUGGACACUUACCAGGAGAUGCACUUGCAGCCGGCAGAUUGCCAGAUGUACUUGCACCACAAUAUCCCUGGCAAUCAAGUGACAUAUCAAUGAACAUGCUUCCUCCUAAUCACAGCAAUGACUUUAUGUUAGAACCUCCUGGACAUAAUAAGGAGAAUGAGGAUGAUGUAGAGGUUAUGUCAACAGAUUCCUCUAGUAGCAGUAGUGACUCCGAUUAGGGCCUGCAUCUGAAUCACUUGAUUGUAUCUGCAUAUACAUUCUGCAUUCCAGAUGGAGGCUGCUGUACCAAG